CGUACCUAAAGCCACAGGUAUCUAAUUAACCUCUCUUCUUACCUGUGGCUCCAGGUAACCAAUUAAUUUCUUAUAUAUCCCGAUCACAGUAUAACUGAUUACUUUACUAGAAUUUCCCGAUCCUCAAGGUAUAUGUCUUAAGAAGUAAACAUUAGUGUUUGAGUUGUGACGUUGAGUUCAGUGAUUGUGUCCUUGUGUCCUUGUAGGGAAUACUAGUUACUUCUGAGUAGAAGUUCGUUCAAUAGUUGAUUUUAUUUUUCUCUACAAACUAUAAUCAAUUAUGGCUCCAUCCACCGAUGAAUAUGCAAUAUCCAUUAAGACAGAAAUCGAAACUUUUGAUGAAAAUGUCACUCUGAAAUCUGAAGAAAAAUACGAUGCACUCGAUGUGGGGGUCUCUGAAAAUAACACGCAAGAAGUAGAUGAAGAGUUAUAUUGUGGAUUAUGUGGAGGACGUUUCAUUAAUACAAUGGAUUACUUCGGCGUCGAAGAUCUGAAAGUGAUUUGUUACUGUGAGAACAAUGAGUCUAAUGCUAUUCAUGGUGAAGAUGUGUCACAGGAUUUGAAAGUGCCCCUUGAGUCAACCUCAGAUUCGAAGGAUAUCCUCGUUGACACGAAUGAAGAUAUGUCAUCACCUCUAAACGGAAAGGAGUUUUCAAAUGGAAAUGAACAUGGAGUGAUUCAUACACCUGAGCAAGUUGAUAAAGAAUAUCAGAAUGAAGGUACUGAUUUGAAAUCUCUUCGGAACAGAAAUACAGGAAAGACACCGAUUCAGUAUGAAUCCUGCACAAAAAAUUUAACAGCGAAGAGAAAUUUGCGAAGCCGCAAAAAGGAUCAUGAUGAGGAGCCAAAAGUUAACAGCAAAAUCUGUACAAGAUCUUCUGUGAACAAGUCAGGAGUCACAAAUAAUUUAAAAACUCAUACUGAGGUGAAAUAUCCGUUGCAGUGUGAUAUGUGUCCUAAAUCGUUCCUUCAAAGUAGUGUUUUGAAACAUCAUGAAAAAAGUCAUACCUGGGAACAUUUAUUUCAGAGUCAGAAACGUAACUUAAAAUGUUAUAAAAAAAAUUGUACCUGGGAACAUUUAUUUCAGAGUCAGAAACGGCCAUAA